AUGCUGUUUAGGCUCUUCUUUUUAGGAUGGAAAAGCGGAGCAAUGUUGAAAUAUGAUUACUUCCACCGAAAAGAAUGCCAUUACUCCCUCUCAUACAACUAUCAACUGCAUCUUAAUUCUUUCCCCACCCAGAGCCCUUUAACCAUGCCACCUCUCCCAGGUGCAUGCCUCUUCAUCAACAUCCUGUUCUUGCUUCCCCAACUCCACAAAGUGUCUGCUGCCAGCCGUCCUGCUGAUCGUUCCAUUCCAACCUAUGGUACAUGUAACGACACUUGUGGUACAAUACCGGUUCAGUUUCCCUUUGGUACUGGAUUUGGAUGUGGACACCCUUACUUUGCUAGAUAUGUAAAAUGCAGCGGUGGUGCUCUACAGUUCUCUACUGGCACUGGCAUUUACACUGUUUCUUCCAUUGACUACCCAACCAGCUCUAUUGUUGUUGCAGACCCUUUCAUGUCAACCUGUUCUUCAAUGCAGAAUUCUGGAAGCUUUAGCUUGGAUCGAGCCAGUCCGUUCACUCUAACAGGUGACAAUAUCUUUGUACUGCUUGGUUGCUCAACCACAUCACCUGUGUUUGAUCCAAGUGAGGAUUUGUGUGAUACCGGGUCAGGUUCUCGUGUUUGUAGUGGUUUGUAUUCUUGCAAAGGGGUAACUGGAAUUGGGUUGCCACAAAAUGCACCCACAUCCACCUGUUGUGUUUAUGAUUCACUGAUGGGAGUAGGAUCAGGUUAUUCUUUAGAUCUUCCAAAACUCCAGUGCUCAUCAUACACAUCAAUAUAUGAGUUUGGAGAUGAAGGGGAUCCCAUGAAGUGGAAAUUUGGAAUUUCUUUGCAGUAUAAUGAUUCAUACUACACACCUGCAUGUAAGGACUGUGAAACCAGUGGAGGUUUGUGUGGCUUUUCUGGGCUGGAUGAGUCAUUUUCUUGCAUUUGCCGGGAUGGUGUGAACACUACCACAACUUGCUUUGGACAUGGGUAUACCUGGAGUGGGGCACAGGAACCCAAAAUUCAAACUAAGGCUUUUAUUGGCGUCAUUUUGCUGCUGUGGAUUUACCUUCUUGUUUGAAGAAGAAGGUAUCAUCAUCUCAGAAAUUUUGAUUCAGAAAAUGGGUUCGGAAGUGUUCGAGGAGUUGCUGGAAAGGGAAAGCUUCUCUAUGAAGUGGAAAUUUUACCUUAAAUAUCUCAUCCAAACUAAGGUUUCUCCAAAAAUUCAUGAAGAUUCAUUCCAUCAAUAUAACAAAUUGUCAUUAGAGAGAGAGAUUUACAAUGGAACUAUAGUUGAUAUUUAUCGGAUGACAGCUGUAAAUCUACAGUUGCUCGUUGGAUGUAUUAUCGGAUUGUAUUCAUAUAUGCAUUGACGUUUGAUGGACA